CCCAUAUUCACCAUAGUCGCAUCUGCACCGGUGACAAAACGCCAUCCCCGAUAUCUCUCCACUGUGCCUGCCCAUUCACUAGCCACAGCCAUGCCUCCCAAGAACAAAGGCAAAGGCAAAGACUCUGGAGGCGACAGCAAAGGCGACAGCAAAUCCAAGCUCAAGCCCGCGACCAGCAUCAACGUGCGGCACAUUCUGUGCGAGAAACACAGCAAGAAAGAGGAGGCGCUGGAGAAGCUGAGGAAUGGCGCAAAGUUCGAUGAGGUCGCAAGAGAAAUGAGCGAGGACAAGGCCCGGCAAGGCGGCUCCCUCGGCUGGAAAGUCCGUGGCAGCCUCCUCGCCGACUUCGAGAAAGUCGCCUACGACCUCGAACCCAGCACAACGGGGAGUCCCAAGCUAGGCGAGGUCAAGACGUCUGAGGGGUACCACAUCAUCAUGGUGGAGGGGCGGAAGUGAUUGGCAUGGGAGACGGAAUGUGUGGGGAAGCACCGUCGGACAAGGGAAAUAUCCUACCUACCGUUCAUGAAGUUGAGAUGAGUUGGCGAGUCCGGCGCGGAAGCCAGCUGAGCAUCCAUAGCGUACCAGCCAUCAGACCAUCAUGCGUACAACAGAACCUGGCACAACAGAGACAGUUCAACCCAAAGGAUAAUGUUUCAUCACACAUGCCAUUACUACGUAUGGACAAUCCGCCGUUUCCUGUCUGUCAUUCAUGACUUGCUCCAAAUUUCAUGCACACAUGUGCUAAAGACC